AAAGUUUUUCAAGUGUAUCAAAUAUAUCAACUUUAGUGAAUUAUCCUCAAAGUAAAACAUCUUAGAUGAUAGAUGACUUCAAAACAAUGAUAUAUAACACAUCUUUAUACAAAAACAUAGAAGAAUAGAGUUCGAGAAUGUUCAAUAGAAACCAAAUAACUUAAUAUAAGGGAUUAAGUAAGGAUAUAUUGCAAAAAAUAUAAAUAAACUCAACUGAGUUUGAUGACUACAAAUUCAAAAUAGCUCCUGAUUUACAGGUAUAUACUCGUAACAAAUUUAAUAAAUAAAGUAGUUAAGAAAGUUUACAAUUAAUAAAUUUGAACUAAGUUUUAUUAGAUUGCUAUAAAGAUGUCCCAAGCAUAUAUUUUGAUUCUAAUUUCAUUUUCGACUUUUAAUGUUUAUAACGAGAUGUAUUGAAAGUAAUAGACUUCCAAGAUAAUCUCACAAUGCAUUUAGACGAAGUCGAAAUAAAUUUAUUUUACCAAAUUAACAAUAAAUUUAAUGAAUUUCUUGCAGUUAUACUAAAUCUGAAUUCCAUGCAAGAAUUAAUUGCUAAUUGUCUAUAAAAAAUAUAAAAUAUAAAAAUUUUUAAUUAAAAUCUCAAAAAUAAACUUACUCAUAAAGGCAUCAGAAUAGCCCAAUUAAAACGCAGAAUAGUAAAUGUAUAAAAUGUUUUAAAUUUAUUACAAUUAACCUAAAUUCUUGAUAAAUCAAUGCCUACAAUAAACUCUCUUAUAAACACAAAUAAAUACUCUAUUGCUGUUGAUUUACUUUCUUAAAGUGAAGUCGAAUAUAAUUCUAAAUUCAAAAAAGUAACCGCUUUAAAUAAAUUUAAGGAGAAUAUCUUUCUUGCGAGAUAAAGGCUUGAAAAAAAUAUAGCUUCUUCCUUUAUUGAUAAAUCAUUAGAUUAUGUAAUUUCAGAACUUAAUUUUUUAAAAAACCCUGUUUCUACUUUAUCUCAUAAAAAUAAUAUUAGAAGUAAUGACAAUUCAGUUGAUAAUUCAAUUGACGACAGUACUUAUAUAAAUUAAACUAUUACAAACGAAACUUUUGAUUAAUAGAAUGUUUCUUAAAUUGAAGAAAAUAACAAGCUCUCGUAAUUAAAAUGGCAACAUAAUUAAUUUUAAAUAGAUUAAUAACUAGAAGAAUCAAUAUCAAGUAUAGUGAAUUAAAGUUAUGAUUUAGAUAAAUUUACUAUAAGAACCUACAGGGUUAAACUCUUAGAAAUGUUAAAAAGUUUUCACAAAGGCUUUUUAAAUGAUAUGAUAGACCUAAUGGCUAAUUAAAAUGGUGCUAUUUUGAAGCAAAUUAAUGAAGAAAAUGAAGACUAAAUAAUGUUUAAUUAGAUGAACUUAGAUUUAUUUAUAAAGUUAGUUCUAUUUUAUUCCGAAUUAUUAAAAAGACUUUAGCAAAAAGAAGGUGAUAUAGAUGACAGUAUUAAUGAAUUUACAAAAUUAAAUGAAUCUUCGUUAAGAAAUGGAAAAAAAGUUCCUAGAAUUAUUCCACAAACAGGAAAUUAAUACCCUAAAAUAAUUAUUAGAAUAAGAAAAAUGGAUUCCUUCUGA